GCGACACGCGACGACGCGUUGUGCCAUCACACCAAAUUACGAUUUUCACGAUUCUUCACGCUGCACCCCAAAAAAUUGUCAAGAGUGCCCUGCAAGAAACAGAUAUAGAAGCGGGAUUGUCCGUUUACAACGUCACAUUUAGUGAAUACGCUUCAAAACAUAAACUCGACUCAAUGGCUCGCACACGGAGAGCAGCGAAACCAGCUGCAGAAACAGCCCAGCAACCUACACGAGGACGACCUACGCGGGCAAAUGCAGCAGAAGAGGGUGAUGAUACGAUCAUUCCCGCAAACCCGGACGAGACUAUCCCUUCCAUCGAACAGACAGAUAUAACCGCCACGCCAGCACGACGAGACACUACAGGUCUCGACCUCGCCGACGAUGUGUUUGGAGAUUUAGACGAGAGCUUUGCUGAUGGAGAGAUCCCCCGUGUUCCUGGAUCGGCGGAAACGACAACUUCAUGGAGCAACUUCAGGCCUCGUUCCAGACAAUCCAGCAUCAUUGGUCGAAACGACGCCCCAAUUAGACCAAGCAGCCGCGCCAGCAAUACAGGCAUUGGAUCGUCUUUCACCAUUGGCGCCUUCCGAAGACGUGCAAGAGAACCUAGUAUCUUGGCUACGUCGCGAAGACCUCGCUCAGAAACCUCUGCUGCACCAUCUGAUCUGGAAAGUGAAGGCGAAUUUGCUCCCGAUGCCGAGUCAACACCGCUUAACAAGAAGCGUCGAACCACGCGAGCAAGCCUAGCUGCUUCUCAGGCCAACACAUCCGUUGCGGCCAGCUCAUCGAGAACAACACGCAAACGAAAGAGCGAGCAGCCUCAUGCCGCCAACGAACAGCCAGAGAAAGCUUCAAGAGUCGACGCCGAGGAUGACGAUUCUAAUAGCGAAUCGGAGUUAUCCGAGGUUGCAUCACCAAAGUUGGCCCGAAACCCGUUCCUCAACGCCCGGCCGGUGACACCGAUCAACGAUGAAGAGAUCAUGGCACCUCCAGCAAGCAGUGGGUCGGAAGACGAAGGAGAGGUUUGGCCAGAUAUUCACAACCUCGCCAAGAGACGCCGCCGACCAUCCGUGAGCACGCCCAACAGAAUUGAGCAAAUGUCUGAUAUGUCAUCUCCGCCCUCCCUUACACAUUCUCCCAACUUCCCCGGUGGUCGCUCAGGCAAGAGACGCGGCCACCAAUCGCCGGUUAAGUCGCCGCCCAAGAUUACCACGGCCGAUCUUGCCAGCUUGCUUCCCCAGCGUCGCUACAAGAAAACAUCAGAACCCCAUGCGGAUAGCAGCGAUGAGGAGGAAGAAGAGGAAGAAGAAGAGGAAACCAACACCCGCUCGAGUCGCCGCAAGGCCAACAGCAGCCGCGCAUCUUCGCGCGCGCGUGGUCUCAAGAAUGCCACUUCCAACGCAAAGCAAGCUGCUACUGGUACACGAAAGUCCAAGCGUAAUGCUCGCCGUCUGUCGGAUAAGGAAAACUUGAGCGAUGAUGAUAUUGACGAGCAUGAUGAAAGCGCGUUCCAGCCCCUCCCAGAAGAUACUUUUGACGACGGUGUCGAGAGCUCAGUCAAUGUACAGACUGCAGAAGAGCUCAAGCAAGCUGUAAAGAAGUUUGCCGAAGUGGACAAGUGGGAGAUGGAAUACGAAGAGGUUGCUGAAAGCUACUCACCCAAGGGCGCCAGGUGAACGAGGGCUCUCUGUGUAUUGCGUUGGGUUUCUUAUUUGAUGGAUACAGCUCCUUCCUGUGCAUUAACAGUGGAUUUUGGUUUGGAGCGUUUGGAAAACACUUGCAGGAGUCAGGGUCAGUCGCUUUAUCUAUAUCACACUUUGCUUUUUGGUCCUUUGUAUGGAGAGCGUCAAAAGGGAUACU